CGAUAUCAUCAAUUCUGGCACUUUUUUUGGUUACCUGCACAUCACAAUAAUAAAGAAAACGAAAAAGAACCGACAAAAAUAAUCUGGGUGAACGUUAUUUAUAAUUCGAAUGUAGUUUCCAGUCCAUUCGCGGGCCAGCAUGAAGAUAAACGAGAAGAAUUUGUCUGUGUUUGCGCGAACGCCGCCGUACGAUAUCGAAGGCUUCUUGAACAAGCGGGGCGAGGUCAACAAAGCAUUUCAACGACGCUACUUUGUGCUGAAGGGCAAUUUGUUGUUUUAUUUCGACGCUCGGACGGAUAAAGAGCCCCUGGGCCUGAUUAUCGUCGAGGGAUGCACCAUAGAACUGUCCAAUGAGGUGGACAACUACUGCUUUGAGAUUGCCUUCAAUGGCAAUCGCACGUACAUCCUCGCAGCCGAAGAUCAGGAAAGCAUGGAGACAUGGAUGAAGGCACUGACCUGUGCCGGCUACGAGUACAAACGGAUAAUUGUGGCAGAGCUGCAAAGGCAGCUGCAGGAGAUCGAGGAUGCCAAGAACAAGAUGCUGGGGAACGUGGGUGAAACUUCGCAGAAUGCCAUAGCAGGAUCCAAGCCAAAACCUCCGCCCAGGCGAACAAAUCCAUUCAAUCGUCCAGCACCGCCACCGCCCGAAAGUGCACUGCGGAGCGGAGUGGUCAUGUCGCCCAUGCCGUUUGUCAAUGGCUACUUUGGCUCCAGCAAUGCGCGACUACAGCAGGAGCAGCUCAUGAUUAAGCAAGAUGGCAAUGGAAAUGGCAGUCCACAUGGUACGCCCAAGGCGCCCCGACGUCCGGCACCACAACCAACGACCAGUGCCUUUUACAUCGAUCAUCAGAGCUCGCAAACGCCUGGCGGCAGACCUUCUACAGUAUUACCGCGCAACGCCAACAACAAUCACAUAGAGAGCGCCGAGCUAAAGCGGCGACAGGACAAAGCCAGGGAGGACUUCAACAGAAGCCAUGAGCAUUUUCGCAGUCAACUGAUGCCCAGCAUUGUGGCGUAUCGGGCCACCCAAAAGCAGCCGCUCAUACAAUUCUGAUAUUCCCCGAAUGCCAAUUG